AAGGAGGAGGGGGAAGUGAUACCAGGACCACCAGGUCCAGUGCUGCUAUUGCACCGUAAAUCAAUUCUUUCUGGGAAAACUCCAGCACCAAAUCUAGAAGGAGGAACUUUGAGCUUGAGAUCUGAAGAACAGAGAGGAUGGUCGCGUGAUUUCCAUGGAAUACUAGAAGCUGAUGAGCUCCAUGAUGGACUAUUAUGUGUUUUCGAUACAAUACGAGGAGAAUAUGUGGAGGAUUGA